GGCAAUUUUAUUUCGGUGCCGACCCGACCCAUAAUCCCUAAAUUACGAAUUGGAGCUGUCCCCUUUUCGGACACCACAAACUGUGAGCUUUCAGGUCUUUUCCGUCGCCGGCCACCGGACGCUGGAGGACGUGCUUGCAGCGAUCACAAAUCACUGCAUAUUUCGUUGCUCCGAAUUCUUAGCUUUUGCAGGGAUUCCAGCCAGCUCUUGCAUAUCUUGGAUUUAAGCUUUACCAAUGGCUGAUGACUUGGGAAAAGGAAUUGAAAAUGGUUCUGUGAACUCAAAAGAAGUAGAGAAGCCUCAGAUUGAGCCCAUAAGAUUGCCCACAGUUGAGGAAAUUCGUGGCCAAGACAUUUGGAACAAUUGUGCAAUGCGCAGUGUUGUUAGUGGAGUAAUGGGAGGUGGGCUUGGCCUCUUCAUGGGUUUGUUUCUUGGAGCACUAGACAACCCACUGAUGCAGGAGGAAAUGACUGGCAGACAACAGCUUGUAUAUCAAGCAAAGCAGAUGGGGCGAAGGAGUUGGAGUUCAGCCAAAGCAUUUGCUGUUAUGGGUUUUAUAUUCUCAGCUGCUGAGUGUGUUGUUGAGAAGGCAAGAGCAAAACAUGACAUAACAAAUACUGUUGUUGCUGGAUGUGCUACUGGAGGUGCAAUAUCAGCAAAAGGUGGUCCAAAAGCAGCAUGUGCCGGUUGUGCUGGCUUUGCGGCAUUCUCCGUCGUGAUAGAGAAGUUUUUAGAGAGACAUGAGUAAGUAAAUUGACGUCAGCGAAUUUUGUAUUCAUUAAUCAUAGUUUGAGUUCUUGGAGAAAAAAUCUUUUGCCCAUUUGAUAAAGGAACAUGAGAGGGAGCACAUAUUUAUUUCACAUCUCUAUGGAAUUUAUAUACAAUGUCAUUGGUGGAUGCUUCUCCAAACUGGGGAAAGCUCUGAUGUAAUAAUAUCAUUUAGUAUUAGCUAAUUUAAAUAGUUUUUUUCCUAAUGCAUUCCUAUGUCUGUAAGAAUUUAUGGUACAUUCUUACACUUCUAAA